AUGGCAACAAUGGACUCAACCUUCAACCCAACCACAGAAAACGAUUCCCUCUAUGAUUACGCCGACACCUACGUCGAUGAAAUGUGCAACAAAACAAACGUCAUAAUGUUCGGGGCGAUCUUCACUCUGGUGCUCUUCCCCAUCGUGGUCAUCCUCAGUGUGUUUGGCAACGUCCUGGUCAUUGUGGUUCUGACCAAGUAUGAGAAUCUCAAAUCCCUCACCAACGCGUUGAUCCUGAACCUGGCCGUAUCGGAUCUCUUCUUCACCGCUGGUCUGCCCUUCUGGGCCUACAACCAUGUGCACGGAUGGACUUUAGGGGAACAUACAUGCAAAAUGGUCAACUUCAUCUUCUACGUGGGUUUCUACAGCAGCAGCAUCCUCCUCAUGCUGAUGACUGCUCACCGUUACGUCGCCGUCAUGAAUCCUCUGUCCGACAUCGUGUCCAGCACGGGCUCCUGCAGCGUGGUGGCGUGUGUGACCGUUUGGGCUGCGAGUGCACUGGCCGCCAGUCCAUCCUUCCUUUUCACUAAAGUGGACCAGAAGCAAUGUGUGCAUGCAAAUUCUUACUGGACCUUAUGGGGCAUCUACAAUCAAAAUGUUCUCUUUAUUCUGAGUCUGGUGGUGUUCAUUUUUUGCUAUUCUCAGAUCAUGUGCAGGUUGCUGCGUCCUACCACACAAAGAAGAAAGAACAAAACUUUAAAGCUCAUUUUUACCAUCACGGUUGUUUUCUUUGUGGGCUGGGCGCCUUACAAUGUCGUGAUAUUUCUAAAGUCGUUGUAUCUGUGGCCCCAAACCAGCCAAACAACUGUCGACUCAACGGCUUUGGCUGUAAUGUGUGAAGCAUCACAACCGCUGGAUUACGCCUUUUACGUGAGCCGACUUCUUGCCUUCUCACACUGCUGCCUCAACCCUGUGUUUUAUGUGUUUGUGGGGGUUAAAUUCAGAAACCACUUGACGAAAAUGCUGAAAGGCUGGGGUCACAGAAACAGCGGCAUCCGCGACAGGCAAAGCCGACUCACCAUCACAUCGCUGACGAGUGGUGAAGAGUUUUCCAUGUAG